AUGGCGGAAGAGAGAGUGGCGAAGCGCAUCUUUUAUUCUGAACUAGAGGAGGGUAAGCGGAAACUUGGCGGACAACUCCUCCGAUACAAAGAUGUUCAGAAGCGACACAUGAAAAGGUGCAACAUCGAGCCCUCUCAGUGGGAAGGUUUGGCAGCACAGCGUCCUGAGUGGCGCAGGCUGGUGCAGGACAAAGUGCGCGAUUUCGAGGAGCAACGUAAAGUUGACCUCGACGCUAAUCGCGACGAGCUGAAAACGCGCCAGCCUGCUCCCAUUAACUACCACUACGUGGCUGGUGUCCUCACGUGCCCUCAAUGUGCGCGGGAGUUCACCUCGAAGAUCGGCUACAGUAUAGCCCUUUAUGGAAGAAAAACGUGGACGAUGGGCCUAAGAGAUAGGAAGAGAAUGGAAGCAUUUGAAAUGUGGUGUUGUAGGCGAAUGGAAGGCAUUAGUUGUAGAGACAGGAUAACGAAUGAGGAGGUGUUAAGAAGAGCGAGUGAAAGGAGAGCUAUCCUUAACACUAUUGCAAAUAGACGCGGAAAAAUUAUUGGACACUUAAUACGACACGACCACUUCUUUAAAACUAUCCUGGAGGGGCGGAUAGGGCUCAAGCGAGGUAGAGGAGAACUCAGACGCAGUUACUUAGAUCAAGUAAAAGAAAAAGUCGUGUCGUAUAAAAAAGUCAACGAGUUGGCGCAAGAUAGGGAAAACUGGAAGAUACUCCACCGACAAGAGAAUGACUCUUAA